AUGACCAACCACGAACCCUUGACAUCACUCGUGACUCCAGCCCUCUUAGCUCAAAUCGCAGAGGGUUAUCUCCCUUUCUCCAAAACUGAGGAACUCAACUUCUCCGAUGUGGAGUCAAAGGAAACCCAGGAACACUUUCACAGUGUCUGCAAGUCAAGCAAUGCCAGACAGGCCCUCAUCACUCUCAGCCAACUGAGUCCCGACGCAGCCCUGCCAGACCUGGACUUGAUGACACUUCUUCCUGUGCCAACUGCGAAAGACUUCCCGCAACAGUGCUUCGGUCUUCAACUGCUGCUCGACCAGGCUUCUCGGAUCUUGUUUCCUGGUAUUGAUGCGCGUUGGCAAUCUGGAUACUUUGGGCCACUGGGAAGAUGUCUCGCUGGGCAGUGGUAUGCUUUACCGGAGGAACAGCGUCCGGAUAAAUGGCGAAGAUGGCAGGAUAUGGAUGUAACGAGCUUUAGUUAUUGGGUUGCUACUCAAGUCAUGUGGGCUGCCCCAUUUCUUCACGCAGAGGAUCUGGAAAGUCAGCAGAUUGGACUCGACCUUUCCGAGGAGCUGCGCCGAGCCGUUGAAGAACGUACUGGAAAGAAUGAUCCUUACCGCGAGACGAGGGAUGUCACCUUGAAGGAUGAUCUUCUUUUCUUACGCGAGGUUGUCAAGGGCCCGCCAGUUGAUGAAAGAGAGUCUAGUAUCAGUAUCACGCACUGGACAUUCUGGUGGUGCAUGAUUCUGGAUUCUCACUGGCCUAUCAUCAAGCGAUUCGGUCGAUAUCCAUACCGGAAUGCUAUUCUUGGAAGGGUCAUCACUGAUGAGGAGAAAAAGUGGUUGGAUGAUACGGGUCACUUUGGCGAAGCAUCUCCUGAAGUUGCGGGGAAGAUUCGAGAAGAUGUGGAGAAAGGACGGUGGACACCACUUAGCCAGUAA